GCCUACUUCUCCUCUUCGCCUCUCUUCCCUUCGCCGUCGCUCCGAACCCUAAACUUAGCGACCUUGGGAUCUCCGGCAGGUGAGUAUGAGGGAGAUCCUGCACAUACAGGGUGGCCAAUGCGGUAACCAGAUCGGUGCUAAGUUCUGGGAGGUGAUCUGCGAGGAGCACGGCAUCGACAGCACCGGUAAUUGCACGGGCGACUCCGGCCUCCAGCUCGAGCGGAUCAAUGUAUACUACAACGAGGCAAACGGCGGCCGGUACGUCCCCCGCGCCGUCCUUAUGGAUCUCGAGCCCGGCACCAUGGACUCCAUCAGAUCCGGUCCCGUGGGCAAGAUCUUUAGGCCCGACAACUUCGUCUUCGGCCAGUCCGGGGCCGGAAACAACUGGGCCAAAGGGCACUACACCGAGGGCGCCGAGCUCAUCGAUGCUGUCCUUGAUGUCGUCCGCAAGGAGGCGGAGAACUGCGAUUGCUUGCAAGGAUUCCAAGUAUGCCAUUCUUUGGGAGGAGGAACGGGUUCCGGAAUGGGCACCCUUCUUAUCUCUAAGAUCAGAGAGGAGUACCCAGACAGGAUGAUGCUAACAUUCUCUGUUUUUCCAUCACCUAAGGUAUCAGAUACCGUGGUGGAACCAUACAAUGCCACACUGUCCGUUCAUCAACUUGUUGAGAAUGCUGAUGAAUGUAUGGUCCUGGACAACGAGGCACUCUAUGACAUCUGCUUUCGCACUCUGAAGCUUGCAACUCCUACUUUUGGCGAUCUUAAUCAUCUGAUCUCUGCCACCAUGAGCGGUGUGACAUGCUGCCUUCGCUUCCCUGGCCAGCUUAAUUCUGACCUCCGGAAGCUUGCGGUGAAUCUUAUUCCCUUCCCUCGCCUCCACUUCUUCAUGGUAGGAUUUGCACCAUUGACAUCACGAGGCUCCCAGCAGUACUGUGCCCUCACAGUUCCCGAGUUGACCCAACAAAUGUGGGAUGCCAAGAACAUGAUGUGUGCCGCCGACCCCCGCCAUGGCAGGUACCUUACUGCCUCAGCCAUGUUCCGAGGUAAGAUGAGCACUAAGGAAGUCGAUGAGCAGAUGAUAAAUGUUCAGAAUAAGAACUCAUCCUACUUUGUCGAGUGGAUUCCCAACAACGUCAAAUCCAGCGUAUGCGACAGUCCUCCCGAGGGGCUUAAGAUGGCUUCCACUUUCAUUGGCAACUCAACCUCCAUCCAGGAGAUGUUCAGGAGAGUGAGUGAGCAGUUCACGGCCAUGUUCAGGCGGAAGGCUUUCUUGCACUGGUACACCGGCGAAGGCAUGGAUGAGAUGGAAUUUACAGAGGCCGAGAGUAACAUGAACGAUCUGGUUGCCGAGUACCAACAAUACCAGGAUGCAACAGCAGACGACGAGGAGGAAGAGUACGAGGAAGAGGAAGAGGCAGCUUGAGAGGGGUACUUGUGCCUGUUGAUUUCUUCACGUUGCUACUUGUUAAACCUGUAUGGUCCAUGUGAAAUCUCACUAUCUGCAUGUUGUUUAUGAUGCACAUUGCCCUAUCCAAAAUUGUGUCGGUUGUUUUGUUAGUA